CAGAUAUUACUUUCCUAAGCUCCACUUCAUCAAUCAAUCGUCGGCAUAAUAUCACAUUAUAAUAGUUUUCUGUGUACAUCAUUGAUAACUUUGAACUACUAAUCGAUCUUUCUGUUAUGACAGCAGCUGACUUCUUCGACGCAGUCGCUCUCAGUUUAAAUAGAACUGACAUUACAUUUGUUAGUUUUCCAAUUCCUACAAUUAUGCACCUUAGGAAGGGCAAUAAACAUACUUGAUGAUAUUUUGUAAAGUGUAAGGUGAUAAAAUAGUGUAGUGUAUGGGAUGACAGUCAUAGCAUUCGUAGCUCUUCUCAGAAAUAAUUGGGAAACCCCAACAUAUCUCCUAUUUUCUUACGUGUGAAUCAAAUGAAUUGUCUGGUUGAAAACAAGAUUUUUAAAGCGUAGCAGAUAUUUAUUUAUCGGAAAAAUGAUUUCAUUUAAAACAUUGAUUGUGUUUUCUUGGACAGUGUUAGUUAUUUGUAAGACAUGCGCCGCUGAAGAUCCACCAGGUCACUGCGUCUGGUACGGCGAGUGUCACACCCGAGGUUUGGUCAAACAAAACUGCCCAUACAAUGGCAGAGCUAAACCGUUGAGUUCUACUGGAGUAGAAAUCCUAAAGAGGAGAUGUCCGCACUUGGUUCGAAACGGUACUACGUCCACUUGCUGCAACGAGGAUCAGCUCAAAACUAUGGAUAAAAGCAUUCGGCUCGCAGCCAAUUUCUUGCAGAGGUGCCCUUCUUGCAUGAGGAAUUUCAUGCAAAGCAUUUGCGAUUACAGUUGUUCGGCCAAUCAGUCGAAUUAUGUGGAGGUUGUUAAGAUCAAUAACGACAAUGGAACGGAUUUCAUAGAUGAGAUCAACGUUCACAUCACUCAAGAAUAUAUAGAAGGCACCUUCAAUUCGUGUAAAAGGGUGAGCGUACCAUCGACCGGUCAACUGGCCUUGGACCUCAUGUGCGGACAGUGGGGGGCGGCAAAAUGCACCCCGUAUAGAUGGUUCGAGUAUAUGGGUCAAGCUGGGGAUAAUGACUUUGUACCAUUUCAAAUUAAUUACAAAAUAACGGACAAACAGAAAAAGCCGUUAGUUUUGGACCCACCAAUUGUACCUUGCAGUAGUGCCCUAGACGAGCGGACUCCUCAAUGCAGUUGUGUUGAUUGUGAAGAGAGUUGUCCCGCACCACCUCCAGAACCUUUACCACCAUCUCCCAUCACUAUCGUAGGACUAAGUCUGUACAAGUUCAUCAUAUUGAUGAGCUUCUUUGGCGGAUCCCUGUUAAUAAUAAUCCUAGUGCUGUUCUGCCCGGAUAGGUCGUCGGUUUCGGUGGUGAAGGAGCAUGGUUCCCCUGAGAUGCGAAGUCAUAUCGGCUGGCGUUUUGCCGGCCAAGUUCAACAAUCUUCGUCUCAAGUUGCCCUCAGCGAAGGCGAAGAUAGUCCUCUACAGCAACCAAAACCAUCCAGUACUUCUUCAGACGUCGACAGUGAAGUUGAUGAAAGUUCUGUGGUGAGAAGACCUUUAGGAAACCAAUCUUCAUUCUUGGAAAGACUUGGUGUCUUUACCGACACAUCAAUUCAGAAUUUUUUCGAGAGGUGGGGAGUUUUUUGUGCUGAAUAUCCCUGGCUGGUGCUCUUCCUUGGAAGCUGCGUCGUCAUUGGUUUAGGACAUGGAAUCAUAAAAUUGAAGAUAAUAACUGAUCCUGUGGAGCUUUGGGCUUCACCUGUUUCUCGUAGUCGAGUUGAAAAAGAUUAUUAUGACAAAAAUUUUGAACCGUUCUAUCGUACAGAACAAGUUAUCAUACGAGCUGUUGGACUGGAAUCUAUAGAGCAUGAGACUUCGGAUGGAGUAGUAACAUAUGGACCUGCUUUCAAUGAUACUUUCCUUAAAAGUGUUCUGCUAUUACAAGAACAAAUCAAAGCUAUUGGCGAAGACACAGACUUCAGUUUGGACAAGAUAUGUUUUGCUCCCUUGAGAAAUAAUAACGAUAAAACUGUAGUUAGUGAAUGUGUUGUUCAAAGCAUUUGGGGAUAUUACCAAGAUGACGAAGAUAUUUUUGAUGAAACUGGCCUAGAUCCAAAAAAUUUCACUACAAAUUACUUGGAUAAGUUCAAUAUUUGUUCACAAAAUCCCUAUAACCCAGAUUGUUUGUCACUUUGGGGAGGUCCAAUCGAUCCAGCAAUAGCCCUUGGGGGUUUUCUUCAACCAGGAGAGCAUUUGUCAAAAGAACCUAAUUAUCGAAAAGCUACUACUAUCAUUUUAACCUUCGUAGUCAACAAUUACCACAACAAAUCAAAAUUAAUACCAGCUAUGAAUUGGGAGCAAGAGUACAUAAAAUUCAUGAAAAAAUGGACAGCCUCUGAAAAGCCAGAAUAUAUGGAUGUGGCAUUUACUUCUGAAAGAAGUAUUGUUGACGAAUUGGAUCGAGAGAGUCAGUCAGAUGUUGCCACAAUAUUGGUUUCCUACAUAAUAAUGUUCGCCUAUAUAGUAACAUCUCUUGGCCAGAUUAAUAACUGUGAGAGAUUGUUAAUCGAUAGUAAAAUAACAUUGGGUCUUGGUGGAGUUUUAAUAGUUUUGGCAUCCGUAGUUUCCUCAGUCGGUUUCUUUGGAUUUUUAGGUGUACCAGCAACAUUGAUUAUAAUUGAAGUUAUUCCUUUCCUUGUUCUGGCUGUUGGUGUUGAUAAUAUCUUCAUUUUAGUCCAGACUCAUCAGAGAGAAGUGAAGAGAAAGAAUGAAACUGUUGCACAACACAUAGGAAGAACCUUGGGCAAAGUAGGACCUUCAAUUCUUCUUACUAGUGUAUCGGAAAGUUGUUGUUUCUUUUUGGGAAGUCUUUCUGACAUGCCAGCAGUUAGAGCGUUUGCAUUAUAUGCUGGCUUAGCCCUGAUGGUUGACUUCGUUUUGCAAAUAACUUGUUUUGUUAGUUUACUUGCACUAGAUACCAAAAGACAGAGUGAGAACCGUUUCGAUAUUUGCUUCUUUUUAAGGGGCACAAAGAAAGAUGACAACAUGCCAAUUCCAGAUGGACUUCUUUACACAUUCUUCAAAUCUAUUUAUACUCCUCUGUUGAUGAAGAAGUAUGUGAGGGUUAGUGUUGUUAUUAUAUUCUUUGGAUGGGUGUGCAGUUCCCUUGCAGUAAUACCUGAUAUAGAGAUAGGUUUGGAUCAAGAGUUGUCAAUGCCUGAAGACAGUUUCGUCCUGAAAUACUUCCAAUUUUUGAAUAGUUAUCUAAGUAUAGGGCCUCCUGUGUAUUUCGUACUUAAGAAAGGAUUAAAUUUCACAGAGAGUAAGACUCAAAACUCUAUAUGUGGUGGAAUGUAUUGUGAUACAGACUCAUUGAUUACUCAAUUAUUUGUUGCUUCCAAAAUUCCUGAAACUACUUAUAUUGCCAAGCCAAGUUCUAGUUGGUUAGAUGAUUAUUUCGAUUGGUCAGAAUCUAAUGAUUGCUGCAGGAUGACUAAAGAUGGAGACUUUUGUCCUCAUACAAAAAAGAGAUCAUGUGAUACUUGUAAUAUCCAAUACAACGAUCUGGAUGGACGACCUGUACCUCAAAACUUCAGUCGCUUCGUAUCAUUCUUCCUAAAGGACAAUCCUGAUUCAGAUUGUGCUAAAGCUGGUCAUGCUGCUUAUGGCCAAGGGGUACGGUAUGUCACUAAUCCAGUGACUAAACUUAGCAAUGUUGAGGCUUCUUACUUUAUGACAUAUCACACUAUAUUAAAGACAUCGAAGGAUUAUUAUGAAAGUAUGAGAGCAGCCAGAAAAGUUGCACAGAAUAUCACUGACACUAUAAAUAACAAGUUGGGAGGACCUCAUGUAGAGGUUUUUCCUUAUUCCAUUUUCUAUGUUUUCUACGAACAGUAUUUGACAUCAUGGAAAGAUACAAUAUUCAGUUUGAGCAUCAGUUUAGCGUCCAUUUUUGUAGUGACAUUCUUUCUAAUGGGUUUCGACAUUUUUUCAUCCACAGUCGUUCUUAUCACUAUUCUUAUGAUUGUGGUGAACUUAGGUGGUUUAAUGUAUUGGUGGCAUAUAACACUUAAUGCUGUGUCACUUGUCAAUCUAGUCAUGGCAGUUGGGAUUGCAGUGGAAUUCUGCUCGCAUCUUGUACAUACUUUUGCUACUUGCACGCAGAUUUCCAAGACAGAGCGUGCAGCAGAUGCUUUAAUCAGAAUGGGAAGUUCAGUGUUUUCUGGAAUAACAUUGACUAAAUUUGGUGGAAUCUUGGUUUUAGCAUUCGCCAAAUCUCAAAUAUUCAAAGUUUUUUACUUUAGAAUGUACCUUGGAAUAGUAUUAUUUGGGGCAGCCCAUGGCCUUGUAUUUUUGCCAGUACUCCUUAGUUAUAUGGGCCCACCAGUGAAUAGGGAAAGAUUAGCGAAAAAUAGUAAUUCCACCAUCGACCAGUUCCAGGAUACAGAGAUGAGCAGAGCGUGAUCCGUAACUAUAGAGGUUGUCUCAAGCGGAAGUCCGAGGAUGCCACCGCUGAGUCGCCUCUGCUGUCACCCGCGUCAACAAGUGCCCGCUACUAUGCUAUAGAGCCUCAGUUUUUCUGAAAAAACUAUCUAAUUAAUACUAGAAAGGUAUUCUAUUUUUAUCGUAACUGUGUUAUUAGUUAAUUACUUUUUACGAAAAUAUGAAUGUAUUGAUCAAAUGUCCAAAGGCUUUUCAUAUUAUGUAUAUGAAAAUUUUAUAGUAAGAUUUAUUGAAAUAUUUAUAGGUUCAAUUUUAUAUAAAUUCUGAUCGUCUGGUACGAAAUCUUGUUGAAUAUUUAUUAUUAUUUUUUAUUUUAUUAUUUUAUAAUAUUUAUUAAGAAAUGCACCUAUUUCGCUCUGAAUUCAUACUCGGAAUCUUUGUUAUGUUGAAUUCCAAAAUAUCAAUCAGUAUUACAACUGUGAGUCUUGCCAAGAGGAACCUUGUUAAACACUUCAACAUGCCUAUGUAUACUGAAGAAUCUCGCACUACAAUCUAUCUUCAAAAAUAUCAGUCUCUAGAGUUACCAACAUUAUGUUCCUUAGUUUUCAAUGAAUUGCAAAUUAAGGAAAUAUUAAUUAUUCUUAUAAGUAUAUAUUUAUCAACGUAUUUAUAUAUCAUUGAGAUAUAUUUAUCCUAUCAUUACAGGGUUUUCUUGAUUUUUAUCAAUAGCUAUAAGCUAAUUUAUGAAAUUCGACGAUUCAAAUUUGUUCUUAUGGAAAUCCAGUGUUACUUAAAUGUUCCUUCCAGUUUAUUAGUUUCCUGAUUGAUUCGAUUCAAUAAGCAAGUAACCUAAAAAACUUAAUAUCAUUUUAGCUAAAAAUUUGGGAGAUUGUUCUUUCAAAUAUUUGUGCCUUCUAUAGCAUCUCGUAUACUGUUUGUGAGACGUUGUUUGUCUGUAUAUACCGUGAAAUGUUUGCGUUGAUAACAAUAUCAACUUGAAGAGUUACUGUAGUUAGUCAGGUUGAAUCGGCAUGAAUCAUUAUAUGUAAUAAUCAGUUAAUGUUAUUCUAACACUCUGCACCAGUUUGUAACUGAACUCAAACAGAGAUUCUGGUAUCAAAUUUGAUCAAAGAGAUAUGCCUAGUCACAUUGAAUGUACAACAUUGAUGACCUGUAUCCACCAGAAAGCUAGCUAACUUCCAGAACGUAAAACCUAAGUUCCUUGAAUACAACAAAUAAGUAUUCUCAAUGAAAAUGAUGAAAUCAUUCAAGAGUUUUUUAAAUAUAUUCACAUAAAAUUCGAUAAUAGAUAGAUUAUAAAAUGACUUCAUAUCAAUAAUGAAAUCGACUUCUGGUUGGAAAAAGAGACUUCUAGGUACGAUUUUAGCUAAUUUUACAGCUGUUUAUAGAAAAUAUAAAUGGAAAUGUUAUGACAAAUCCACUUGAAACAGAUUUAUCGUCUGUUUUUUAUUGAAAUAAGUGUUGUCCGAGAUGGAGAACUGUUUGAUAUUGAGAACAUUUAGUAGGAUAAUAAAUUAAUAAUGGUGAUGGUUCAAGUGAUUAAACCCCACUAUAAUAUGAGAAAUGUUAAUUUGUAAUAAAAAAAAUAAUGAAUAAUUUGAGAAAACUAUAAUUCCAUUUUUUUAUUUAGCUUAAUCAAUUCAUUUUUCUAAUAAGAUUUUUGUAUUGACAUAGAAUAAGAAACAAAUUUCAUAAAUGUGGUGUAGUCACUUGAAUUAUAAAAAUGUUGACCUUUUGCACGAAUAUUUACAGUAAAGACUUUUGAGAAAAUGAUAAAGUUGAAUACAUGAAAUAAAUAACUUAUUUUAGACAUCCUGUUACUAUUCUGGUUGAGCAUUAGUUACAAUUUGCUGUAUAAUUAUGUUCUUAGGUAAUAUACACACCUAUAGAUAUAUUAGAUUUCACUGAAUUUUAGUAAAGACUGCUGUUAACUAAUUCUUUAAUGGAUGAAUUUUGAGUCCCUUGAAAUCAUUUUCAGGAACUUCUCAUAUAAAGCUUAAUAACAGAUGUAUUAUCUGCAAAAAUCAUUCAUAUCAGUUGGUGGCUUCAUACAAAUUUUCAAAAUUUUUUCUUUUGAAUUAGGAAAAUUCACUCUUAUUUUAUAUUAUUGACAAUUACAGAAAAUUUAGUGGAGGAUCCCAAGUAAGGUUGAAAAUUUAUUUCAUCAAUUUAAAUAUGUGUCUGAAAAUAUACCAAAGGGGUUGUAGUGAAAAAAAUUCCUGGUUAUAAUAAAUAUUAAUCAUAAAAAAUAUAAUUUUUUAAAAUUUUACUGACAUGCUUACCAAACGGACUAAACUACGAUGGAAAACUUAUAAUAUACACAAUAUGCAACGGGGAGGUUGCUUACCCUUUUCUGGUCCCUAUUACUUGGUAGCUGAGUAAAAACAGAUAAGCUAAAAUUUGUAAUUGCACUCAUUUGAUAAACAAUUGAAAUAUGUAACAAAAUGAAUGCACUUUUAUUGCAUUAUGAUUUUUUCUAAUCAUGAACAUUUUUUUCACAACAACCAACUUUUUUGGAAAAAGUUCAGAUAUAAAUAUUAUUUUCAUUCGGUAAGCACUUUAGCGCUGGUCGAUCUCAGACUCUCGCUUCAUAUUAUAAUUGGUGUACAGGUAUAUGUGUAUGUAGCUUGCUCUGUAUUGAAUUUUGUAAAACCUAUUAUUUUAUCCUGAUAUAUUCUACCAAUUCAUUUGAAACUAUAAGCCAAGGAACUUUUCAUAUUUCCUCGGAGAUUUUUGAAGAUAUCUAUAAUGAAAAAAUUCCUCUACAAGAACUGUGAUAAUGUAGUGUAGAGAAAAUGUAGAUAAAAUUUUACAUGAAUAACAAUAAGAAAUUUCAUGUUUGAUGAUAAUUUUUUUCAAUUCUGUUACAGUUAUAUUUGGUGAUGGUUCUUAUAUUCUUGAUUUGAAUUUGAAUCAAAUAUUUUUCUCUACAAAUCCACUUCUUCUGUUUAAUGUUGAUCAGUGGUUCAUCAUAUGAAAGCAGCUGACUAGAUAAUGAUCAUUUCAAUUAUUGAACCAAAAUUAAUAUACAAUGAAUUGGCAGAUAACUAAUAUGUAUUUGCAUAUCUCCUAGGAAAUAUAUCUCAAAGACUUGAAUUGAAAUUUUUGAAUACUAGUAUGCAUUGUUUAUAGGUAGUCUUGUGUGAAAAGUGUGCUCUUACAUUCCCAUGUGUUUAUUUUUAUAUAGUUUAUUUUGUAUUAUUUUCAUGUAUUUCAAAGGGAAGAUAAUAAAAUAUUCAUAAAUG